AACUAGAUUCUGUAUUUGUGAGGCUUAAUUUUACAUUUAAAUGCAAAUUUUGUGUGUUCUUUAGAAAUUUUUGGAGAAAACAAAUAAGUUUUAUGGAAACCUAAAUUCUUAAAUGAUCACAUAACUUUGAAAGUAUGACUUGUCUUUGUUCAGAGUAAUAUUUAGUUUUACUGAAGUAAGAACUUUACCUUUCUAGUCUUACAAGUAGCAUAAUUCAGAUUGGCAGAUCUGAACAUAGUGUUGUUCAGAAAGUAACUCAUCAUUUACUCGGGGGGCAUUGAAGAACUAAUUUGGGGUCGAUGGCAGCUAAUGACAAGAUGUCUUUGUGGCAGUCACUCGAGUCCUUUGUAAUAACAUCUGCCUCUCAAGUAAUGCUUUCUCUUAUGCUACACAUCUGUUUCUCUCAAAAUAGUGUUAAGGGAGUAGAGUAGUUCUAUUUGGUUUGUUCAUUGAUUGUUAUUCUCAUAGCUGAGUUGCAGGAAAGCCUACUGGAGGAAUAUUUUACCUUGGAAACUAAUCUUACUUUGGCCAAUGGGAGGCAUCAUUACAACUUUAAGUGUAACCUAGAGGAAUUUAAGCCAUAGGUAACUUGUGGUGGAAGCAUGAAGAGUAAGAGUGCUGGAGGAAUUGUGUUACCAGAUUGGAAAGAGUGUGGCAAAAUUUAAAUUUUUCCUGUAAUUUUUAUUUUAAAAUGAGGUUUCCUUUUAGUCCAAGCUCAGUUUGCAAGUUAAUCAUUUUCUUCUCUGAUUCCUUCUGGGUUUUACUGGCCUCUUGUCUCUUUCUAGGAAUCGAGUGUUAGGCUGUCGGAAAGUACUCUGUUGCAUAGAUUAUUCUUCCUCAGAGUACUUGGUGUUGCUGCAGGAUGGCUCUUGUGCCCGGGAAUUUUUUUUUUUCAGCUUUCCUUUACAAAAUGAAAUUCUAUUGUUUCCCCUUAAAUUUACUAUUUACACACAAAUCUUACUACUUGUUUUGGUAUUUUUAACUUAGAGUGUUCCUGAAGAUUAUUUCUUUCAAAACAGUUAUUUGAUAAGCAGGAAGUUUUGCAAGCAGAAACCCCCUGAAUUAGCAGCAUCAUGAAUACAUACAUAUGUAGGCUAGGCUGCCUUAUGAAUUUGCAGUGCAGGAGUAUCUAACAAGAGCUGAUUAUUGUCCCUUGGGAGGACAACACUGUGUUAAAUUCGAAUAAUAAUAUUAGGAAAUAUGGCUUCCCAAAUAAACCUGUGUAUCAAUGCACAGAAUUAAAAAUUAAAGUGAAUUUUUAAAGCAAAAAUAGUGCCUAAGGCAUUUUUUUUCUUGCAGAAUUUAGUUUGCUGACAUGUCUCACAGAAGGGUGUGUGUUUAUGAGUGUGUGUGUUUGCAAUAAAUUGCUCUUUGGGCUACAUCUGCAGAUACAGUAGCCAAUUGAUCUAAUGCAGUUUCUGAAGGCCUUCUAUACAGGUGAUGUCAUCCUUUUAGCUCUAUUCUCCUCCCCCUCUCUUUCCUUCUUAUUAGAUAUUUCAUCUUACUGCAGAGCAUAGAAUCAAUAGGAGCUCCUCCUUAGGGAGCUGCUGUGAAACAGGCAAGGACAGUAGGAAUUAAGACACUAACAUAUAGUCUUGCUUUAGCAGAAGAUGUAGUGUUUUUGUAUUAUAUCAUAUAUAAAUUUUCAACCAGAAAAGCCAGGUCUAGAUCAACAGUACUGUCCUCCUGAUUCAUUAAAACAAGAAGCAAUACUGCAGAGCUGUAAAAGGGUAUGUGAGAAGAGAAAAUUUUAAUUUUGGAGAUUCUCAGACAUUCUACAAGACAAACCUGUUAGAGCGUGUAUCUUCUAACUUCCAUUUAUUUGCUCUGUGGUUGAUUUUUUUUCUUUUUUUUAAACCUCUGGUGGUUAAGAAUAUAAAGAAACUUUAUCUUAAGGAUACAGUGUUCUGGUUUGCUUCUGAUGCAGAAGAAUUACUGCAGUGCUUGUUCUACCAAAUGAAAUAAGUUGAAGAAAAGACAAAGCUGUAUUACAGGAGGAAAGGUUUCUCAGAAUCCAGGAACACAGAUUCGGUGCAUGCUGCUGUAUUUGCUCCGAUUGAUACAGUAUUAACUGUUGUGUUACCAUUGUGCAUGUCUGUGCCAGGUGCCUGAGGAAGCAUGUGUAUGUCUGUAUGUUCUGAGCCAGAAAUACAAGCAUCUUGAUUUACUGUGAUUUGCUUGUUAGAAGUGAACGUUUUGAUGAAAACUUGCAGUUAUUUAGAACGAUAGACCAAGCUACCGAAAGCUCCUGAUUUUGGUUUGAAAGGGAUUUGGAGAAGCUGCCUUUAUAUAACACUGCAAAUGGCGUAUGAUUUGUAAAAAGAAACUUAACAGAAUUUUGUCAACAUACUCCUCAGUAGAAAGGAAACUACCCUUUCCAGCCCAGGAAAUGGCUUUUCUUGUUCGCUGUUAUGCCAAUUGUCUUCAGCCAUGGGCCGCCAAACUUCCAGCCGAUCUUACCAAGAUGCAUAUCACAGACAACCCUCAUCCACAGGUGACUCAUGUGUCUUCUAGUCAGUCUGGUUGUAGCAUCGCCAGUGACUCUGGGAGCAGCAGUUUAUCUGAUAUCUAUCAGGCUACAGAAAGUGAGGUGGGAGAUGUAGAUUUAACACGUCUACCAGAAGGACCUGUCGAUUCUGAAGAUGAAGAAGAAGAAGAGGAAGAGAUGGAUCGAACAGAUCCGUUGCAGGGGCGAGAUAUUGUUCGGGAAUGUCUUGAAAAAGAACCUGCAGACAAAACUGAUGAUGACAUUGAACAGUUACUGGAGUUUAUGCACCAGCUCCCUGCUUUUGCAAACAUGACCAUGUCUGUAAGGAGAGAACUCUGCUCAGUGAUGAUUUUUGAAGUGGUAGAGCAGGCUGGAGCUAUUAUUCUUGAAGAUGGGCAAGAGCUUGAUUCAUGGUAUGUUAUUUUAAAUGGUACUGUAGAAAUCAGUCAUCCAGAUGGAAAAGUUGAAAAUCUCUUCAUGGGGAAUAGUUUUGGAAUUACUCCCACUCUGGAUAAGCAGUACAUGCACGGAGUUGUUAGGACUAAAGUAGAUGAUUGUCAGUUUGUCUGCAUAGCCCAGCAGGAUUAUUGGAGAAUUUUAAAUCAUGUGGAAAAAAAUACCCAUAAAGUUGAGGAAGAGGGAGAAAUUGUUAUGGUGCAUGAGCACCGUGAGCUAGAUCGGAGUGGAACCAGGAAAGGACACAUUGUGAUUAAGGCAACACCUGAGCGUCUCAUCAUGCAUUUAAUAGAAGAGCAUUCCAUUGUGGACCCGACUUAUAUAGAAGAUUUCCUUUUAACUUAUAGGACAUUUCUUGAAAGUCCUUUGGAUGUUGGGAUCAAACUGUUGGAAUGGUUUAAGAUUGACAGCUUAAGGGAUAAGGUAACUCGGAUUGUAUUAUUAUGGGUAAACAAUCAUUUUAAUGAUUUUGAAGGUGAUCCUGCUAUGACUCAAUUUCUGGAGGAAUUUGAAAAAAAUCUGGAAGAUACAAAAAUGAAUGGUCAUCUCCGGUUACUGAAUAUUGCCUGUGCUGCAAAGGCUAAGUGGAGACAGGUUGUGCUACAGAAGGCUUCUCGGGAGUCUCCCCUGCAUUUCAGCCUUAACGGAGGAAGUGAGAAGGGAUUUGGUAUUUUUGUUGAAGGAGUGGAACCUGGCAGCAAAGCUGCUGAAGCAGGACUGAAACGUGGUGAUCAGAUAAUGGAAGUUAAUGGGCAAAACUUUGAGAAUAUUACAUUUGUGAAGGCCCUUGAAAUUUUGAGGAAUAAUACUCAUCUUGCACUUACUGUAAAGACCAACAUUUUUGUGUUCAAAGAGUUACUCAGUAGGACUGAACAAGAGAAAUCUGGUGUUCCUCAUAUUCCCAAAAUUGCUGAAAAAAAAAGUAAUCGCCAUUCAAUCCAGGAUAUGCCAGGAGACAUUGAACAGACAUCACAGGAGAGAGGAAAUAAGAAAGUAAAAGCAAAUACUGUUUCAGGUGGAAGAAAUAAAAUCAGGAAAAUUCUGGAUAAAACACGAUUCAGCAUCUUGCCUCCAAAAUUGUUCAGUGAUGGAGGUCUGAGCCAAUCCCAGGACGACAGCAUUGUGGGGACAAGACACUGUAGGCACAGCCUGGCUAUCAUGCCCAUUCCUGGAACUCUCUCUUCCAGUAGCCCUGAUCUCCUGCAGCCCACCACCAGCAUGUUGGAUUUUUCCAAUCCUUCAGAUAUACCUGAUCAAGUUAUAAGAGUUUUCAAAGCAGAUCAACAAAGUUGCUAUAUUAUCAUCAGUAAAGACACUACAGCUAAAGAAGUUGUUUGUCAUGCUGUUCACGAGUUUGGUUUGACUGGUGCAUCGGACACCUAUUCUCUCUGUGAAGUUUCUGUUACUCCUGAGGGUGUCAUAAAACAGAGAAGACUUCCAGAUCAGUUCUCCAAAUUGGCUGACAGAAUCCAGCUUAAUGGAAGGUAUUAUUUAAAAAAUAACAUGGAAACAGAAACCUUAUGUUCUGAUGAAGAUGCUCAAGAACUAGUUAAGGAAAGUCAACUCUCCAUGCUGCAGCUCAGUACCAUUGAGGUGGCCACUCAGCUGUCAAUGAGAGACUUUGAUUUGUUUCGUAAUAUUGAGCCUACUGAAUAUAUUGAUGACCUUUUUAAAUUAGAUUCCAAAACCGGGAAUACUCACUUGAAAGAAUUUGAGGACAUUAUUAACCAAGAGACAUUCUGGGUUGCAUCAGAGAUUUUAACUGAAUCAAAUCAGCUGAAACGAAUGAAGAUUAUUAAGCAUUUUAUUAAAAUUGCACUUCAUUGUCGAGAAUGUAAAAACUUCAAUUCCAUGUUUGCAAUAAUAAGUGGCUUGAACCUGGCAUCUGUAGCACGACUCAGAGGUACCUGGGAAAAGUUACCAAGCAAGUAUGAGAAACACCUCCAAGAUCUGCAAGACCUUUUUGAUCCAUCUAGAAACAUGGCCAAGUAUAGAAAUAUUCUUAGUAGUCAAAGCAUGCAGCCUCCAAUUAUUCCACUCUUCCCUGUUGUCAAGAAAGAUAUGACAUUUCUACAUGAAGGAAAUGACUCCAAAGUAGAUGGCUUGGUAAAUUUUGAGAAGCUAAGAAUGAUUGCCAAGGAAAUCCGUCAGGUUGUUCGAAUGACUUCUGCUAACAUGGACCCAGCUAUGAUGUUCCGACAGAGGAAGAAGAGGUGGCGAAGUCUGGGGUCAUUGAGUCAAGGCAGCACAAACUCAAAUGUGCUGGAUGUUCAGGGUGGUGCUCACAAAAAAAGGGCUCGCCGCAGCUCUCUGCUUAAUGCCAAGAAACUCUACGAGGAUGCCCAAAUGGCAAGGAAAGUGAAACAGUAUCUUUCCAGUCUGGAUGUAGAGACGGAUGAGGAGAAGUUUCAGAUGAUGUCAUUGCAGUGGGAACCUGCAUAUGGUACCUUGACGAAGACUUUAAAUGAGAAAAGAUCAGCCAAAUCAUCUGAAAUGUCUCCAGUACCUGUGAGGUCAGCUGGCCAGACAGCCAAAGCUCAUUUGCAUCAGCCCCACAGGGUAAGCCAGGGACUUCAGGUGCCUGCCGUUAACUUGCAUCCCAUCAGGAAAAGGGGACAAGCGAAGGACCCUGCCACACUGAGUACAAGUAUAUCUCAAAAAGUUUUAGGGACAGCCGAAGAAAUGAGUGUUAAGAAACACACAGAAGAUACUCUCUCUGUGGCAUCGUCCAUGCAUUCUAGUCCUCCUGCGUCUCCUCAAGGCUCCCCUCGCAAAGGUCAUACACUUAUGCCAUCAGCUAAAUCUGACAACUUGUCUGACUCCAGCCAUAGUGAGAUUUCGUCACGGUCCAGCAUCGUGAGCAACUGUUCUGUUGACUCCAUGUCUGCAGCUCUACAGGAUGAACGGUGUUCCUCCCAGGCUGCAGCAGUCCCUGAAUCCUCUGGGGCCUCGGAAAAGACAGAGUCGUCCUCCGGAGUGGGAGACCACAUUCAGCUUGGCCCUGGGUGGACACUCUCAAAGCCAUCUCUGGUCAAGAAUUUAGCUGUCUCUUCUUCCAUGAGCAGUGAAGAGAUAUCUCAUGAGCAUAUCAUUAUAGAAGCAGCUGACAGUGGUCGUGGAAGUUGGACUUCCUGUUCUAGCAGCUCGCAUGAUAACUUCCAAAGCCUUCCAAACCCAAAAGGCUGGGAGUUUCUAAACUAUCGUCACACCCAUUGGGAUGGUCCCAUUGCUGAAGUUGAACCUGCUGACUGUGAGCCCUGUUCAUGUCCUAAAGGCCGCGCCAGAACUUGUGGUCAUUGUAAAGGAAGCCUAGAGAACAGGCAGAUGAGGCAGAGUUGGGCCUCCUCCAGUUCUCUGUCUGACACAUGCGAACCAAACUAUGGAACAGUUAAACGGAGGGUGUUGGAGAGCACCCCAGCUGAGUCACCCGAAGGCUUGGACCCCAGGGACAGCACUGACCCAGUUUAUAAAACUGUUACUUCAAGUACAGAAAAGGGUUUGAUUGUGUACUGUGUCACCUCACCCAAGAAGGAGGAUAGGUAUAGGGAGCCACCUCCCACUCCUCCAGGAUACAUGGGGAUUUCUUUAGCGGACCUAAAGGAAGGACCCCACGUGCGCCUGAAACCUCCAGACUAUAGUGUGGCGGUGCAGAGGUCAAAGAUGGCGCACGAAAGCCUCUGUAGACUGCCACCAGCUUCUCUCAGUAGCAGCCCUGUGGCCUGUAUUCCACCGAAGAUUGUCACUCAGCCCCAGAGGCAUAAUUUGCAGCCAUCCCAUCCUAAACUAGCAGAUGUGAUCGAUGCAGAUAGCGAAGCAGAUGAAAAUGAACAGGUUUCAGCAGUCUAGCAUUUUGACCAUUGAAGGCCUGCUGGAAGUCGGUGAGGAAAGAGUGGGCAGAUCCACCUCACGGCCCUGCUCAAGGGGCAAACAGCUCCUUGCUGCCGCUGCCCAGGGAGGGGUUCUGUGCCCUGUGCUCCGAGCAGCACCAUGGCCCAAAGCCCUGCAUCCUCCCCUUUCAUCCUCGCAGAUGCAUCUCUUCUCCGCUACGGAUGUGCCUGGACACCGGUCUUCAGUUCACACACCAGACCUGCCUUGGGACCACAGUUACUCUAACACAUUCAAACUCAAGAGUCCUCCCUGUAUAUAUUACUAUAGAUUUUUCUUUAACAUGUUUUUUUUAAGAUAGCAGUUGGUAAAAGUAUUUCCAAGCCAUAGCUUGGACUAAUGGACAAAUUCAAAAUGUCUGCCAAUACCAAGGCUAGUUUCAUGUCUUGAAAACUAACUUAUUGCUUGAAGUUUUGUGGUUUUGUUUGUAUUUGGGAGCUCUCAUUAGCUGAUGUUUAAUGUUAGAGGCCAUAAAACUACCCCUGGUCUGACCAAGCAGAAGACAUCCUUACAGGACGAUAUGCUUGGUCUUUCCAGAGGUGGACCUUGGUCUGUCACACCAGUGCCAUUUGGGGGAAUCUGUCUGAGUGGAGGAGGAGGCCCUUGGCGGUGGGGGUGUUAGGAAGGAAAACAGUGCCACCUGCCGGUCCGACCUGGAAGGCCAAGUGCAGCUGCCUCAGGUUUGCUUACCAGUCCUGUGGGAAAAGGAGGCUAUGAGGGGGUGAGUAGCAGCCCUAAUUUCCAAAGAAUGAAAUUUUUAUGUUAAAUAACAUGUAUGCCAAGUCUUUCUGAAGUGAAAGUUAUGCUGCAUCUAACAUCAAUUAAAAGUAUAAAUCCAAUAAAUAAGAGAAUGGGUUGUUGAGAGUUCUUUAGAAACCCCAAACUAAAAUGUUUCACAAAUCAAAUUGGAGUCUUUUUUUAAAGGAAGUCUGAUCCUCUGUGGAUUCAGCUUUAUGCAGCGCUGUGUUCUGUCCUCUGCCAUCCCCAAGCACAGGCUGUGUUCAAUCUCGAUAAAACUGCAGCUCCUGGCUGCAAAAAGUGACCUGCAAAAGCUGUGAGCCCCCCAGGCAUAUAACUGGUUGGGGUUCUGUGGGGGCAGGGGGGCCACAAUUGUGGGAAUGAAUCUUUGUUCUGGGUUCUCAGUUUAGUCCUUGAGAGGAAAGAGAUUAACAGGCUGUUGAGCAUGGCACUCUUCAGUAUUUCAUUAAAAUUUCAGUGACUGUUUACUGGAUAAGCUAGACUUUUCACAUUUUUUACAAAUUAAAUGUUUUCUGAAUUUAAAUUUUUUCCAUUUGCUUUUUAGUGUAAAGGCGAGUGAGAGUUUAAUAAACGUCUGUGACUACCAAAAAAAAAGCCAAAGCCAUUAACGUGCACUUCCCAGGUCAGCCUGGAGCCACAGCGAGUCCGCCUCUGCCUUGGUUGCCCAUAGGCAGGUUUGUAGGAUUUACGUAGCUGGUUUGUGUCUUCCUUCUCUAAUUCUUUUCUUUUUUUCUAUCAUAAUUUCUUCCCUCUCUCUACAUGCUUAUCCCCUUCAUUUUAAAACCAUAAAAUGAUUCCAAGUGGUAAAUGGCAGUAGUCCAUCUUUUCCAUCAAAAUGAUCAUCUCUUCAUUUUAGGAAAAAGUAGCAUUUCUGAAAAAUUCCCCUGGGCCAAAAACAUUAAUCUGAAACUUAAGCAUUAGACAUUAACCCCAGGUAUGUUAGAAUAAGGCUGCUAUAGCUCGCGGUCCAUUCAGAUGAAAAAUGGCCUGGAUCAAAAAUCCUGGCUUGAAAAGUCACACUAGUGAUUUGACCUGUAAACAGUUUUAUAGUCCUCUGAUCAGUUUUUCUUUCACUGAUUUACACAAUAUUGUUUUCAUAUCCAGAGCACACUGAAGAAAGUGAAAGAUAUUUUUAUUAGAACCAUCUUUUUUAUCAAGUUUGGGUAUCUGUUCCCAUCAUUUUAUAUCCCUUACCCCAGAAAAAUGUGCUCUUUGCACAGAAUCUGUUUAUUUCCAGGUCUUUCAAACCAAAUGAGAGCCUUUCCCUUCUUUGUCCUUACAGUGCCGGUAACAUCUCACACAGUCGGCAGCUUGGGGCUUGGGGCUUGGGACUUGCACCUAGCUGCCUUUAUUUCAUCUGCUUGAACUGUGAGUUUUUGGAUUAGCUGAUCACAUUGAUCAGGAACUAAAGCCAAGUGCUUUGUAGUUUGCUAUAUAUGUAUCCCUUAAAAACUUGUGGAGUUUGAUUUUUGUAUUUUAGUUUAGGGUGCAUUCCUGCCUUCUCCUAGUUUGUCAAACCAGGACUAGAACAAGAGAAGCCUUCACCUGUAUUUGCUCUGACUCUAAAUCCUCAUUUGUUUUUAUUGUAUAAAUGUAUGACUUUAAUGGAAAGACUAGUGCCCACGUCCCACCUCAACUCUGAAUCUGCCACGACGUUGAAGUAGUAAAUCUGCAGUGCAAACUUUUGCCAAAUAAGUUUCAAUAACAACCUCUUCAUAAUGAAGGACUUUCAGAAUUAAUAAAUCCAGUAUAUCCAUAAAAGUUUAUUGCAACUAAGAAAUUCUUACUUCCUCCAAAUGAUUACUUUCAAUAUGGUCUUGGGGAGAAAAAGACUUAAAUGGUUUUCCACAAGGAUGAUGUCACACUGUCAUUGUCUGCAUAACCUUGAGAAUCUCUCCCAGGCUGGAACCGUGGCCGUGAUCAUAGGGAUUUCCAAGGACAAGCCUAAUUUCUAUAAAGCAUUGUCUCCACUACAAGAAGAAGGGGAGAAACAGUUUCCUUGUAUAUUCAAAACAAUGGAUAUUAUUAUGAUAUAUUUUUAAGUUUCUCAAAAAAAUGUAAUAGUGACCCUUUAGCAUUACUGUAAAGGCUGGAACAAAGGGAUAAACCUUCAGGAAUGUGUUACAGUACAUUUUCAGAUUUAAACUUGAACCCCAGCUCAACUUUAGCUUUUUCUGUGCUUUUUUAAGGCUUCUUUGAGUUUUGGUACACAGAAUGCAGUUGUAUUUGGUGUUUUAAAGUUGAAACGUGAGCUUGUGAGCAAAAGACAGAAAAAAACUGCACAGUUGUGAUAAACAACAGUCACACUGCACGGUCCAGUGAUGGUAGGGCAGCCUGUGCCGAGCAAUGUCUGUCUCCUACUUUUUGAUACCUCUUCAACUUAUGUCUUUCAGAAAGACAGUGCCUCUGUAUGCUUUUUUGUAUUUUUACUGAGUACAAAUACUUGUUAUAUUUUUGGUUAAGAGAAUGUAAAAGUACCAUUUAUUAUUAUUAUACCUCCUAAUUCAUUGGUGGAAUCAAUAAAAAAUCUACAUGAA